AUGUGCGAGGAGGAGGAGAGACACAUGGUCAAGGAGAUGGAGCAGUGUUUCCUCGAGCACGUGUCCCAGCUCAGUAACAUACAGAAGAAGCACUUGGAGCGGAGGGAGCAGGAGUGGGAGCGCACCAUGAACCGUCUCAAGAAGUACCACAGUCUCAAAGUGGAGGAGACGUCUUCUGAAGACAUGUUCAAGUCACUGACGCUGGACGACCCUUUGUCCAGUCCUGAAGACCAGUACGAAGAGCUGCUCAAACAGAUGUUGUCCGUCAUGUCCUCUCUGGUGGACAAGAACGAAAAAAUCUUCCAAACCAAGAGAAGGGAGAUGUUAGAAAAGUACAGAGAAGCCAUAAACAAGGAACAAGACCAAAUGGAGACAGCAAAAGACAAGUUAGACAUGGUGACCUCAGAGCACCAGCGCCUCACAGAGAGACUGGAGAGAGUUGCCAAGGAGCUCCAAAAUGACAAGAAAAAAAAGAACGUGCUCCAGUCCAAACGCUUAUCACAAGAGACAGAGUUGGCCAAAGUGAAGGAGCAGCAAGUGCAGAUCGAGAGCCAGAAGCAGAAGUUGAGGAGCCGGGUGGACUGUGGUAGAAAAUCAGCCAGAGAGCGUCUGAUCCAGCUCUCCAUGCAGAGUAACCGAGCAGCCACGAGCCUCAGCCACGCCAUCUCACAGGGUGAGAGGGUUCUGAGGAUGGCUGCACUCUGUAAGAAGAUGGAGGACAAACUGCAGCUGACUGAGGAGCUUCAGAAGGUUGUUGAGGAGAACCAACAAACAGAAGAUGGAGCACAGGAGGUCAAACCACCAUAUCCAGGCCUGUUAACAUAUGAUAAGUGUGAGCUCCCGGAGCUCAGACUGCUGGAGCUGCAGAGUGCUGUAGUCAGAGAAAAGUGCAGUGUGCUGCAGAAACAGAGAGAUGCUCUCCGCCGCCAGAACCAACAACUGCAGAGCCAAAUCACAGACAAGCUGAGUGCACGCCGCCACCUGGAGGUCAGGAGGGGUUCUGACUCUGGGCCUCCCCACAAACUAUAA